UCGACAUGCUCUCUAAGUAGACAAUUUCCUUUUCAUGUAUGAAAGAAACUAUUCCAAUCUAUUUGAUAUUGUAUUUCGAUACAAUUCACUUAUCUUAACGUUUUAUGAAAGGGAACGUUUUCCAAGGCAAACGAGCAUAACUUGUCGAAAAAGCGCCUCUCACCGGAUACAACCAUUACAACUUCUGAACCCAGUGUGUCAGAUGGGGGAACCGAUGGUAAUUGAUUUGGAUGAGAUGAAUAAACCGGAGAUGAGCAGUGCCAAGAAGAGUUUGAAGCGGAAGCGAGUCUCGAUGAUUGAGAGUCUGAGUAAGGAGGAUCGGGAGGCGAGGAUUGUUGCGUUGCGAGAGGAGAUGAGUAGUUUGUUUGCCUAUUUUGGGGAGAUUUUGGAGGCGAGGAAGAGAGAUGGAGUGGAUUUGGGGGUUUCUGGUAAUUCGUUGAUUGCGUGUUUGUUGGAAGAGAGUAGGUUGCCCCUUUCGAAGCUUGUCGAUGAGAUUUACGAGAAAGUGAAGGAGAGAGAGGAGGAUGUUAGUGUGGCUUCUGUGAGGAGUUCUGUGCUGCUUAUUGGUCAAAGAUCGUUUUACGGAUUGGCGAAUGUCAAUGCAGAUGUAUUGGAGGAUGAUUCUGAGGCUUGCCUUUGGUGCUGGGAGACCCGAGAUCCAAAGCUGAUUCCAAAAUCAAUGCGUGGAGCACUGAAAAUUUGGCGGACAUGUCGAAAGAAGAUACAGGAGAGGAUAACUGCUGUUUCUGCAUUGAUCAGUGCUCUGGAGAAGGUUGAUCAUGAUCAGACCCACAGACAAGAGUUGACAAAAGCUUCAGAAAGGCUCGGAAAAGUUUUAAGCGAGGCAGAUAUCCGUUUAUUGAUAGGAAGCAUGGUACAGAAAAUUGGAGCUGACAUGGCUGAGAAAGGUGGGAAACGAGAGCAGACUUUGUUGAUCAAGCAAAUGGAAAAAAACAAGCGUGAGGCCGAGAAGCAGAAGAAGAGAGUUGAGCUUGAACUUCAGAAGGAAAAGUUGCAAAGUGAGAAGGAGCUCAAACGGUUACAAGAUGAGGCUGAUAAAGAGGACAGACGUCGCGAGAAGGAAGAAUCUGAAUUAAAGAAACAGCUAAAAAGGCAGCAAGAGGAAGCAGAGAGAGAUCAACGACGUCGUGAGAAGGAAGAAGCUGAACUGAAGAAGCAACUAGCUCUUCAGAAGCAAGCAACACUCAUGGAACGCUUCCUUAAGAAGUCGAAAAAUAGUCCACCCUCUCAGAAGGCGGCAUCUCCAGGAGAUAUAAGAACUGCCGAUUUACCUCGUAACAAAGCUACACAGGUUCUGGAAUCAGUCACUUUGUCCAUGGACUCAAUUCUUUCACAAUAUGAUGGAGCUGGGGCUGAAAAUUUAUGGAAGUCACACUUGAAUUCUUGGCGCUGCUCAGGUCAUUCUAUUAGGACUGACAGAAAACAGCACUGGGGCGUUCGUCGGACACCGAAGACAGAACUAAUUAAAGAACUCAAGCUAACAGGGACAGAAGAACAUUGUGAUGAGGAAUUGAUCACGGAAAAGCUAGCUGAUGAUUCUGGUGAAAGUAAUAGCAAUUGCAGGGAGUGUCAUACAAAUAAAGAUGAACCAGUUUCAAAAAACUUAAGCCGCAGGCGAAUGAGGCAGUUGUUGCAAUUUGAUAAGAGCCAUAGACCUGCAUUUUAUGGCACUUGGCCCAAGGAAAGUCAACUUAUUAAACCUCGCCGGCCUUUUAAUAAGGAUCCAGACUUGGACUAUGAGAUUGACAGUGAUGAAGAAUGGGAAGAGGAGGAACCUGGUGAAAGCUUGUCAGAUUGUGAUAAAGAUGAUGAAGAAGAAAUUCUGGAAGAUGGACCUUCUAAAGCUGAAGAGGAAGAUGAAAGUGAAGAUGGCUUCUUUGUUCCUGAUGGAUAUCUUUCAGAGAAUGAGGGAGUACAAGACAAAAUGGAAAGUGACGAAGAUUUGGUUCAGGCAGCCAACAGUUUGUCUAGUUGUAAGGCGGACAGUGAGGAACUCUCAGUGUUUUUUCGCCAGCAGAAGUAUCUUCAUAAUUUGACGGAGAAUGCUCUUCGAAAAAGUCGGCCUUUGAUCAUAUCAAAUUUAUUGCACGAAAAGGCCAUACCAGUACUGUGUGGAGCUUCUAAAGGUACAUCAGAACUUGAACAAACAUGUCUGCUUGCCUUGAGUAUGCGUGCUCUCCCUAGUUAUCCUACUAUAGAGAUAUCACUCAGUGAAGAUGUUAAAGAUGAGAAUCUAGAAGCUAGCCCAUCAAGCAAUAAGGGGAAAACCACACCAGUAGCCGAUACAAAAGCUAUACUAGACUCAGAUUUGUCCGAGAUGGUGCCUAUCAUUCAGUCCAACUCCCAGGGUAUCAACAAAGUGGUGAAUUCAUUACAACAAAAGUUUCCUGAUAUCUCAAAAUCCCAAUUAAGGACCAAAGUACGUGAGAUAUGUCAUUACACAGAUAACCGCUGGCAGGUCAAGAAAGAUAUUUUGAACAAGCUUGGGAUGUCACCUUCCCCAUCCCCAGAUACAAGUAAAAAGAACAUGAAGAAUAUAGCUUCUUUUUUCUCCAAAAGGUGCCUCCCUCCUGAAGGUAAAACUGAAAACCAAGUUGAGGCCUCUUCGACUCCCCCAAACGAUCAGCUCUCCAAUUGCAUCCAAAUCGACACAUAACACAAUCAGUAGCCAUCUGUUAGGUGAUACGACAUAUCGUACAUUUGUUUCUGUCUGGUGUAUGUUUAUUUUCAUGCAAAUCAUGGUACAUGUAUGCAUAUCUACUUUUGAAGUUUAAUUUUAAUGGGACUUGUUUUGCUUUA